AUGGUUGAUCAGCUGAUGCCCUCCUCCCCUUGCCCCCUUGAGGAAUCUCCGUUGGAAAAGCCAGGUAUGCCUGCUAAGCCAGUGACACCCUGUGUCAAGAAGGAUGAUCCUUCUAUGACUUUUAAAGAUGGGAUGGAUUGGAUCUAUUGUAGUGGCAUGAGUGAGAUUAUUAUGGCUAAGGAAGCCUUUACAUGGAACAAUCGUAGGUUAAGGUUUAGUAACAUUGCUAAGAAAUUCAAUAGAUUCUUUGUUUUCGGCACUCUCAUCAACUUUCCCUAUACCUCGGAUGCCUCUAUUCUACCUUUCUCAGGAUCGGAUCACUUUCCUAUUCAACUUGACAUUCAGGGAGAGGUUGGUUCAAAACGAUGCCCAUUUAAAUUUGAGAAUAUGUGGUUGAAAGAUGAUAACAUCCUUGAGCUUCUAAAGGAGUGGUGGAAUGUGGCCAACGUCUCUGGUUUUGGGAUCUUUAAGAUUGUUAAAAAACUUAAGAUUAUUAAGAAGAAUCUCAAUCAUUGGAAUAAAGAACACUUUGGCAAUAUUUUUGACAAUAAAGCCCAAGUGGAAUCUGAGUUGGUAGAAGUUAAUGAGAAAGUGUUGAGACAUGGGAUGGAUGCGACCCUAUUUCUUAGAGAAAAGAAACUCCUUUCUGAUGAUGAAUCAAUUCUUUCCAAAGAAGAAGUCUUCUGGAAACAAAAAUCUAGAGAGACGUGGCUGGAAGAGGGUGAUAAGAACACCAAAUUCUUCCACAAUAAGGAUGAGAAGAGUCGUAAAUCAUAUCUCCAAGAUUAA